CGGCUCGGGCUCACCUGUGGGGCGCCGCAGCCUCCUGCCGUUCUGUCUGGCGGUUACCGCCGGCCGGGAAGCGAGCCCCGCGCAGUCUCCCUCUCCGCUUUCAGAGCCAUGGCGGUCCACUUUUUCAGAUGUGUGGCCGCCGUUGGUGUACUGCGACUCGUGUCUGCCGGACUGCUACGUCACAGCGACGAGCGACCACUGCCGAUCCCGUGGCAGACGACCAGCGGGGACACUUCAGAACAGCCCGGUCUGUGGAAAACCAACCACGGGGGCGCUUCAGAACAGCCCGGUCUGUGGAAAACCAACCACGGGGGCGCUUCAGAGGAGCCCGGUCUGUGGAAAACCAACCACGGGGGCGCUUCAGAGGAGCCCGGUCUGUGGAAAACCAACCACGGGGGCGCUUCGGGGGAGCCCGGUCUGUGGAAAACCCACGGGGGCGCUUCAGAGGAGCCCGGUCUGUGGAAAACCAAGCAUGAGGACAUCGCGGAAGAGUCUGGUCUGUGGAAAACCAACCACGGGGACACCCCAGAAGAGUCGACCCCGUGGAAGACUAGGGGCGCGUCAGAAGAGUUAGCCCCGUGGCAGACUAGGGACGCGUCAAACGAGUCGAGCCCCUGGCAGACCAAUCCUGAGAGCACGCCAGAAGAGCUCGGUCUCUGGAAAACAAGCCGCGAUGGCACCCUGGAAGAGGCAGGUCCAUGGCAGCUCACUCUUGGGGACGUCUCCAAGUCACCGGGUCAGCUCCUGUCCCGGUGGAAGACGGCACAGUCGGACGGUAGACAGAUGACCCAUAGAGCGGCCCGGCGACAAGAUCAGUCGCUCAACUGGAAGCCGGAGCGGUCAUCCGGGCGGCGAGUGGAACCAUCCACCAGCGGGCAGCCCAAGGAGCCGGCCAGCUGGCGCCUGGACCUGUCGCACCACGUCCUCUCCAAGAAGGCGUUCACCCUGCUCAGGCGACUGCCUCCGUUUCGCAGCGAGCUCGGAGAACAUGAAAUCGAUCAUGACGGCAGACCAGAAAGGGUUCGCAAGCUACGCUUCGGCCGCAGGUAGCGGGGCUGACCGCGGCAGUCAAACGGCCCAACCAUCAACGGAUGAAGGCGCACCAUCAGCCAGAAAGAUGUUCGAUCCUCCAAGCGGUGAGCUGGCAUCAGACGAAAUGGUUUCGUGCGUCUCGAACGUUUCAAGAACGAUGGACAGAUGUGGAUUUUGAUUUGAGAACUCCACCUUUGGCUCAGGUGGACUUGUCUGAUACCUAACUCGAUGCCGAUGCCACUAAUGAUGACCUGGCAUUCACUGACUUGUUGAAUAUGAAAAGUGACUCAUAUUUGAUGUCACAAAAGAUUAAUCGAAAUACAGCUUAAAAAGUGUAUGCCGUUAAAGCAGUUC